ACCGGUACUGUAGUGUUAUUAUUAUUGCUGCAUUUUACAGUACCUGUACAUUAUUCAAAAUUUUGGUGAUAUAAAAGGUGAGGACAGUAGUGGUGGAGCAGGGUGACCAAGAGUUAUGAUUGUAUCAUUUGACAUCUCCUGCAUGAAAGAGCUAUGAAAUUUUUAUCAAGACAAUGCGAGGAAGAACAUUCAUUUAUCAGACCCUUUUGACCCAGAUUGACAUAUUCACCCUUGGCUUCACAAACCUGUGGUAAGCCUGGCAUUAGUAGAGUUGCUAAUCUAUGAUCCAGUAUCUUCUUAAUAAUAAUUUUAAUUUCAUUACAUGUAAGAAUAAGGGUCUUUAGUAACAAUGAUCAAUUGACGGAUAUAUGCAUAUCACUUUACCGAUUAUAAAUUAUAUUUCUCAACAUACAGGUAGAUACAGGUUAAAGUUAUUUCAACCAAUUACAAUCACUGUUACAAAUUGAGGGAUUCAUUCAUAGAAUUCUCCCCACACUUUACUACAUUGGGAUUGCCAGGUACCACCAGCCAAACACUUCUCAGGUACUAGGUUUAUUUGUUCCCAACAGUACCUCUAUUUCCUCAUCUAGCUUUACUAAUGCUUUGUAUAUUGUGUUUGCUACAUAUUUAUUGCAGUAAAUAGAAAGAAAACAAGAUUAGAAACUACUUAUUAUCCACAACAUUUAAGUGGAAUGCUUCACACAAAAGGCUUCUCUUCAAUAACUGUUUUAACCUAAAUAUAUCACCCCCAAAGUUUGCAGUUGUGAAUGAAAGUACUGCUUGUAUAAAAGUUCCGAUGGUGAUGAUGAUGGGGAAGAGAUGACAAAGAUUAGUUUGUACCUGAAAUUUAGAGGUGUGAAAAAAAAUACUUUUAUGUUGCUCAGUCUCCUGUUAUGUGAUACCAUCUCUGGCUAAUGUUAUCUUCUGACAUGAGUUUAUUUGAGAUGUUUUCACUGUACUGUAAAAGGAUUUUUUCCUUUAUGAGGAGUGGGGUAAUUAAAUUUUUUUGUACCAUUUGUGUGCAUAUUUUUACAGUUUCAUAAAUAUAAAGCGCAAUCAUGAUGUACAGAGAUUUUCCUAAAUCAAGAAGUUUUGUCCUCGAAUCUAUAAACAUUUAAGGCACAACACUGCAUUCUGCCAUGCUCCAUUUGUUCUUUGUUCACUACAAGUGAAGUGUUCUUCCUGAAUACAUUUGUGUUGUUGCAAUCCUUUCCUGAAUUUGUAUACAAUGGCAUCCAAGGAUAAUGGUGAUUCUUCUGCUGCCCCCAUCAUUGCCAAAGGACCCCGCAAGCCUGUGACACUUGAAACCAAGUUUGAGAUAAUCAAGUGCCACGAACGGGGAGAAGGUCCAACUAAGAUUGGGAGAGACCUAUGCUUGGUUACUUCUACCAUUGCCUCAAUGUUCAAGCAUGCUCAGGAGAUCAAUGAUGCAGUAAAGAAUGUCACGUGGAUGGGAGCAAGCAGACUUACAUAAUCUCGUGAUUCUGUGAUGGAGAACAGGGCGUGUCUUCUCCAGCUGUGGAUAAAAGAGCAGACAUCACUUGGUGCCCCCUUUGUUCACCUACAUCAUCAGGGAAAAGGCUGUGUCUUUGUGGGAAGACAUUAAGAAAGACCUGGGACCUGACCAGGUAACCUUUGUGAGUGACUUUAAGGCCAGUAGUGGGUGGUUUGAGCGCUUUAAGCGUCAUGCCAAUCUUCACAAUUUGAAACUGACUGGGGAAGGUGUGCGUGCUGACGCUGAAGCUGCGAAAGCCUUCCCAGAACUCAAGAAGAAAAUUAAGGAAGGUGGCUACUCCCUCAAGCAAGUCAUCAACACUGACGAGACUGGGUUGUUUUGGAAAAAUAUGCCGUCACGUACGUUCAUUGCUCGGAGAAGACAUCACCUGGUUUCAAGGCAGCCAAGGACUUACUCACCCUCUUGCUUGGGGGGAAAUGCAGAAGGCGAUCUCAACCUGAAGCCCAUGCUCGUCUAUCAUUCAGAGAACCCCAGGGCACUCGAGGGCUUCAUUAGGGAUCACUUUCCCAUUGUUUGGCGAUCCAACCAGAAGGCAUGGGUGAUGAUGGUGCUGAUGCAGGACUACAUCCAGUACCUCUCUCCAACAUGUGCAAGGAGUAUUGUGACAAGAACAACUUGUCAAACAAAUUCCUCCUGAUCCUUGACAUGCUCCUUCACACCCACCCACCUGGUUAUGUGGUCAGAAAACAUUGAGGUGAUCUUCCUGCCACCUAAUACCACCUCACUCGGCCAACCCAUGGAUCAAGGCGUCAUCAAGGCCUACUACCUGAGGCGGAUAAUGAAGGAGGUUGUCUGCCAGACACAACACAACAGGAGCAGCAUCAAGGAGUUUUGGAAGAAGUAUAAUAUCAAGAAUGGUAUUGAGCACAUCAGUGAUUCAUGAGAAGAAGUGUCACAGCAAACUAUGAAUGUCAUGUGGCGAAAAAUUUAGCCCGAGUUAGUGCACAAUUUAACUGGAUUUGCUGAUGUGGGAAAGGUGCAGCAGGACAUUGUCAACCUGGCUCAGGAGGCUGGGUUUGAGGAGGUGGAUAGGAAGGAUGUUGAGGCUCUGCAGCAGUCACAGAGCCAGGACCUUACUAAUAAAGAACUCCUGCAGCUCCAGCAGCACAGGGUAGGUGAUGAAGAAGCACAACAAGUGGAGGAGCCUGAGAGGCAGCUAACUGUUGAGCUACUGAGAGAGAGCUUCAACUACUUAGAGAAGGCACUGGAGUUGUUUCAAGCAAAUGACCCUCGGGUGAAGAGGAGUGGUGCAAUUGCCGCUGGUGUGGAGAAACACAUCCGUGUCUACACUGAAAUGUACCGGACGUUACAGGAUUUGGGACGAAGGUAUGAAUCUGUGAAAUUUAAAUUAUGAUAAUAUUUGCCCAUUAUAUUAUAUAUCAAUAAGACUUCCAAGUAUUAACAUGAAAAUGGAAAAAGCAUUGCCUCAUCAUUUCCUACAUGUAUGCACACACUACUGAUUAACAUAAAGGUUUUUCCAUAUUGUGGAAACUAUUUUUUUUCAUUGCCUUAAUGAUAUGUAAAUAAUAGCUGAAGACUAAGUAAUUAAGAAGUAGGUUUUGAGACAUUUCUGAAGACAUUCGCUUAUUUUAUUCUCAAACACAACUUUCAUUGAUUAAUAUUCUCCUUACCUUGUGCUGUUGCAUGAGUAGCUGUAUGACUAGUCUGGUCACCUGCUUAAAGUAAUGGAAAAUGGUAGUGAACAUCAUAGGGAGACAUGAAAACUGUCUACAGUACUAGGUUAAAAGAUUGUUAGGUCUAGGAUACUUUGGUUAGGUCUAGGAGGAACCUCCACCAUAGAGUAGUGCAAGGUAUUCAGUACUUGUAAUGUGUAACAUCCAAACUUAAAAUUUAGGCAUAAGCUUUGAGGGCAUAUCUAGGGAAGUUUGAUCAAUGAGACAUUACAACACCCCAAGCUAAGACCACCACCAGUCUAGUAUGUGCUUUAGGAUGUGGUGUACACAGGAAGGGAAACUGAAAGUUACAUUCAGAAAUUUACAGUAUUGGAGGACGUGUCAACAUGUAUUGUAUAGUAUUACCACUCAGAGUAUGGCUUAUGUAGGAGCGAGUGAAGUCGGUAAGAAAAUGUCGUCAUAAUAUAUCGGGAAAAUGUGAGGAAUGAAGCAAUGUUUGAAUCUGCUAAAACUAAUUUUGAAAUAGGCAGUUACAGAGUGUACCAUUUAAAAUGCAACCCAAACAACAAUCACAAAUUACUCUACAAAUGCAAAUUCAGAAGACAUCCUCUCUCGUUUUUGUUUAAAGGACUUUCCCAACCUUCUUUGUGACACCAAGGAUUUUAAUAUUAGAGAAAGAUGGCCCACUCCUGUGGGCGAAUGUGUUCACCACUCAAAGUGGUGCUGCCAAGCGGCUGGGGAGUAAACUGAAUAAUUACCAGGCAAGGAAUAAAUGCAGGAAGACAUAAAAUUUGGCAAAAUUGUGAUUUUCUUUGGUUUUGUACAUUUCUUUGUAGCAGUUGUAAUGGGGCAAACCCUGGGAGAUUUUCACCCCACGCUUUGUCCGACCACGUGAUCACCGCAUGGUCAGUGGCGGGAGAGGCGUGGGUCGCCCUGUAGCUUCAGUCUUUGUGUAGCAGUGGUAGAGGGUGGGUGCGCUGCGCUGCUCGCAGCUUUGGUUUUUUGUUUAUAGUGCAUUUUGGGUGAUUUUCGCCCGAGGUUUGUGAUAAAAUACACAAAUAUUUAUGGGUGAAAAUCUACCAAGGUACAGUAUGUAUUAGUGUAUAUUUUUAUGUUUGUUAUUUACGUUUUCUUCUCUUUGUAAGCAGUGAAAUAUAAUUUUUUCAGGGUAAUUUAGUGACUUUAGUGAACAAUGGCAAAGAGGUCUAAAGAUAUUCUCUCCCAGGAUGAUCUGGACCACAUUCUGAACACUACUGGUGAAUUACCUGAGAAUCUAAGUGAUCUUGAUAGUGAAGAUGAAGGACAAGUGGAUAAUUUAGAAUUUGAGGAACUAUAUGACAGUGAUAUACACCAAGGUUACAUCCCUGAACCUAGUGAUGUGGAGAGUGAUGAGUCUAGUGAUAGUGAAGUGCCCCUUCUGCCACCCUCAAGAAAAAAAGCAAGGCGUACGUCAACCCCUGCAAAACGUCAUGGUGCCUCUAGGUCUCUUGCCCCUGCCCCUGCUGCUUCUAUGUCUCCUGCCCCUCCUGCUGCCACCUCUGCUCCCUCAACAUCUGCUGCACCUGCUGCUUCUACGUCUCCUGCUCGUAAAGGAAGAAGGCGCCGUGGGGGCAAUGAGGCUGACAAUGCUCCAUCGAUUGUGGACUUCCAUACCAGCACCGUGUCUGGGAAGGCCGGUUUUCGGUGGAGCUGUCGGCCACAGGUACCUUCUCCCACAAGAACACCAGCAAGGAACAUAAUUCAACCCUUGACUCCAGGGCCAACAAGGGAGGUACAGAGUGCUGACACUCCUGAGAGGUGCUUCAGGUUGUUGUUUGAGGACCACAUCAUUGAAGAGAUUGUGGAGUGGACCAACAAGAAGAUUGCUGUGCAGGCCGCCAAGUUUGCCCGGCAAACAGCAACACACUCCACAACAGAACCAGCAGAGGUGCGUGCACUACUGGGGAUUCUCAUCUUCAGUGGCUGCCAGAGAGACGGCCAUCUCUUAACCUCGGAGAUGUGGAGCCCCUCCACCGGCGCGGCCGUGUACCGUGUGGCCAUGUCACAGGGUCGCUUUGAAUUCUUGCUGAACUGUUUACGAUUCGAUGACCCGGACACACGGGAGGUGAGGCAGGAGGCUGACAAACUUGCACCCCUUAGGAAGGUGUGGGACAUCUUCAUUGGCAAUUGUGGGAGAAUGUAUAUGCCAAGUGAAAACAUUACUGUGGACGAGCAGCUGCUGGCCUUCAGAGGCAGCUGCCCGUUCCGCAUGUACAUUCCCAACAAACCUGCAAAAUAUGGCCUCAAGAUUUUUCUUGCCAAUGAUAACAAGAGCAAAUACCUACUGAGUGCAAUCCCUUACCUUGGGAAGCAGGGGACACCAUACCAGGAAAACAUCAACCUUGGCCAUUACUACACCAAGGAGCUCACCAGGCCAUACCACAAGACGAACAGGAACGUCACCACCGAUAAUUGGUUCACAUCUGUGCCCCUAGCGGUUGAUCUCCUUGAGAACUGCGGCAUGACCUUUGCGGGGACCAUCAAGGCGAACAAGAAGGAAGUUCCCAAGGAGAUGACGGAUAGGGACAACCGCAGGCUAGAGUCAACUGCGUUCCUGUUCACAAAGGAGCUGACUCUGGUGUCCUAUGUCCCAACAACGGCCAAGACGAAGAAGAAACUGGUGCUACUGUUGUCUUCCAUGCACACACAGCCAACCAUCGGAAACACCGGCAAACCAGAGGUGAUCGAAUUCUAUAAUGCUACCAAAGGUGGCGUAGACACAUUCGACCAAAUGUGUGCCCAUUACUCGUGUGCACGGAAGACAAAACGGUGGCCAUUGUGUAUGUUCUACGGGAUGGUGAAUGCUGGAGUUAUUAACUCGUGGAUCAUACACAAAGAUAAUAUGUCCAGGACAGGUGGCAAGUUACCGAAGAGGCGGACGUACAUGCAAGCUUUGGCACGGGCCCUCAUCACACCAUGGGCAGAGAAAAGGCUCAGCUCUCCAUUUCUGUCACAGGGACUCAAGGCCCUCAUUUGCAGCGUCUGCGACCUCCCUUCACCUGGAAGUGUUGCAAGGCCACCAGGGACACCAGUUGCCGACAGCAAGGACCCUUUGGUGCGGUGUGUCGAGUGCCCAAAUGGGUCUGACCGCAAGACACGGCACAGGUGCCACGGCUGCCGUCAACCGAUGUGCCCUCGCCACUUCUACCCUGUCUGUGCUAACUGCGAGCCAAAACAACAGCCAGAUGCUGGACCAACAACUCCAUCAACCUCAGAAGAUGGUGUACCUCCUGGGAACAAUAAGGGCAGACCAGCAAAUAAAACAAGAAAGAGAAAGAUAUUGGCACAAGAUGUGACUCAAAUACAAACUGAGGAUCAAGAUGAACAACAAAGUGGACCAAGAACAAAGAGAAAAGGAUCAAAAGAGAAAACAUCAGAAAGCCAGAGAGAGGAAACACUUGACAAGGAAGUGCUGGUCCAGCCUAAUACCUGUACUCACAAACACAACAUUCAUGUUGACGUCUCUAGUAAAGGAUGGCAAGUGUUUGGUAUACCUGUAAAGGAAGAAAAUUCAGACAGUGAUGGAUUUAAUGAAGAACUUCAAGGAAAAAUCAAGGAAAUUGAUGAAAUUGUGAAAGAAGAAGAAAUUUACUGUCAUGAGGGUUUGUCGUGUGAAAAAUCAGACCAAGGUUUGAAAGUGAAAGAAGAAGAAAAACCAGACCAAGGUUUGAAAGUGAAGGAAGAAGACCUGGAAAAUGAUGUAUUUGUAAAAGUUGGAAUAGAGGACAGUGAUGAGUCUGAGAAGGAAGAUACAACAGAUGGUGACUUGUAUGUGACUGUAGGAAUACAUGAUGUUUAACAGAUGUGCUGGGAGACAAAAUUACAACAGAAAAACUUUAGAUGACGUGUAACAACUGAUGCUGAAAACUGUGGUCUUAAUAUACUUUAAUACAGGGUGAGUCAUUAUGAUUAAAUAUACUGUAUGUAUGAAAUACAAUACAGAAGUACUGUAUGUUAAGUUAUUGGACACCUGCACAUCAGAAACAUUGCAAGAACAGACGGGAGAUUCUCCUUUAAUUACAUUUUGACAAAAGUAAUACAAAAAUGGUCAAAACUGAGUGAAUAUAUAAUCUCUGUUAUGAGGCUGUAUGACUUGUGUGUUGGACAAACAGAACAGUUUGGCUGCUAGAUAUUGUAUGGAUCAUUUAACCCUUAAACAGUGGCCAUCAUUAGUGAAAGUUUGUUGUAGGGACAGUUACCAUCAUCAGGGGAAGUUAGUUGUAGGGACAGUUACCAUCAUCAGGGGAAGUUAGUUGUAGGGACAGUUACCAUCAUCAGGGGAAGUUAGUUGUAGGGACAGUUACCAUCAUCAGGGGAAGUUAGUUGUAGGGACAGUUACCAUCAUCAGGGGAAGUUAGUUGUAGGGACAGUUACCAUCAUCAGGGGAAGUUAGUUGUAGGGACAGUUACCAUCAUCAGGGGAAGUUAGUUGUAGGGACAGUUACCAUCAUCAGGGGAAGUUAGUUGUAGGGACAGUUACCAUCAUCAGGGGAAGUUAGUUGUAGGGACAGUUACCAUCAUCAGGGGAAGUUAGUUGUAGGGACAGUUACCAUCAUCAGGGGAAGUUAGUUGUAGGGACAGUUACCAUCAUCAGGGGAAGUUAGUUGUAGGAACAGUUACCAUCAUCAGGGGAAGUUUUAUUUUCCUUGUGUUUCACACACACACACACACACAUGUGGGGCAGUAGAGAAUACUUAGUUGCUGGUUAAGGGCUAAAUGUCUUUAUGCAGUAUAUCCGGUUUCUUUGUUUACCAAAAAAAUAGUACAGGUAAUUUAUACGUCCCAAUAUUUUUUAAUACGAAUAAGCUGGAGGGGAUAUUAGUAAGCUUGUGCAGGGUUAUUAGAGUGUAGGGGUGAGGCUGUACACAGAUACACAACUGACAAACACAAAUGCCUGUUGUCAGGCAGCCAAAUAAUAUGUAGAUUUAUAAUUACAUAUCUUAAUUCAAUUUAUUUUUAAGUCUAAAUUGAUGAAAAAUAUUAAUUUAUAUCCUGUAUUAAUGAACAGUUAAUACAAUGUUGGAAAUGUAUUAGUAUGGUUAGUUAUAUAUACAGCUUACUGGAGGAAAUAGUACCAUCAUGUUAAACUGUGAAGUAUUAACAUAUUAAACUUUGAUGGCAAUCAGAUUAUGGAGCUGUAGUCUGUCUUUAUUACUAUUCAAAAAAAAUUAUUCAAUUAAAAUAUUAUUAUUUUCAGCCAUAAAAGGCAUAAGUGUGCAAGGUUAGUAGUUGGGAAGGAGCAGGUCAGCAGUGGCCUCCCAUCCAUGGCUUAUACCAGUUACUGUGGUGAAAAUUUUACCAUUUCCUUAAUUUCUUAUUUUUUCAUCGGGUGGAAUAAAAUAUCAUUGAGGAAACCACAUUAAAUCCCUACUGUCUUUUGUCUUUAUUUUGGUUAAUUCUAAAGAUAUAUUAUGUUGUGUGUGAAAGUACUGUACAGUAGUAGAGUUACCAAGUGGUAUUAAUGUUGUACACAAAUAGGCUUUUUUAUGUUUGGUAAAGUAUUUUAUUCAGUGAAACUAAUAAUCAAACAAUUAUUACAGCUAGUUGUCAGACUAAUGAAUAGUGUAGGACAUAUGAUGAGAAUGAGGGAGGAAGGCUACCAACACCUCUCUUAUUGCUCUCAACCUCACACAUUGUGGUUCACAAUGACUCGCUGACUAAAGUAAAGUACUGUAUGUGCAGGGGUUUCCUGUACAUUUUUAAUGGGUUAUUUUGUGUAUUCCAUAAAUUACCAUUAAGAAUACAAUACUACUCAGGUGUACAAAUGCAUUCACUCAUGACUCUCCUCUGAUUAACAUUAAAAUGAUUAUUAUUAUGUUAAUACUACUGUAUAAUUAACUACAGUAGGGUGUAUUUUGGAUGAAAGUAAAAACCAAUGAGUGAUUUUUUCACAUUGUGGGACAAUGUGUGCCCCAUACAUUAUAGUUAGAGGUUAUAUUGUGCAGUACUGUACCUGGAGAUAAAAAAUGGUAAAAGCUUCACUAUACAGAAUUCCCACAGUAUAGUAUAUGCAAUAAUUAGUCCAGUAAAUUGACAUUGUACUGUGUGUGUAAAAUGGAUUAUGGGUUGAUGAAUAUUUAUAGUUGCACUGUGGAAGACAGAAAAUGGAGAGACCAUAUAUCCAAUAACUUUUAGUGUGAGUCAGAUGAACCACAAGAGACUGUACACAGUGGGACAACUUCUGCAGAAGAUUAUGUGAUGGAAACUUAGUGAUGAAUGAGGUGAAAAGUAUAUUUAUGAAGCCUUCAAGCAAGAGUCUGAUUCACUGUGUAUCUCAGGAAUAAAUUGAGGAUAAUUGUUUAUUUUUAUUUUUAUCUUAAAUUGUAAUUUUCAGUUUUACUUAUUUUUAAUGACUACAGAAUGCAACAUCUCAUAAUUUGGUUUAGUCAUUCAUCUCUACAAUAAAUUUUUUAUUAAAAU